AUGCCUCCAACCGUAAGCCCAUCCAAAGCAGGUAGCCAUAUCGAAGAAAGGCCACCGGCCCCGGAUACAAGACGCUUAUCUUGGGAGGAUCCUAAUGAGAAGAGAAACCCUGCCAAUUGGAAUAUUAGUCUGAAAGUCUUCCAUACGUUCAUCCCCUGUGCUUUAGCCUUUUGGAUCACCUUUGGUACAUCGGUUGUGGUGCCUGCCACCGGAUUAAUCGCCAUCGAAUUCAACGUCGGUCGGACAGAGUCCAUUCUUACCCUUACUCUUUAUACGCUCGGAAUAGCCCUUGGACCUGCUUUCAUUGCCCCUUUAUCCGAAACUCUGGGCAGAAAAUGGGUGUACGUGAUUACUGCUCUAUGCCUCCUUGCUUUCACUGGGGGUGCCGCGGCCGCACAGAAUCUGAGUACCCUUCUAAUUUGUCGUUUCCUGGCCGGCUUUCUUGGUUCGGCCGGCGUCGCCACAGGGGCCGGCACAAUUGGCGACGUGUGGGCAUUAGGUAGAACAGGAGGAAUCGUUUCCUUGUUCUUCAUUUUGGGACCCUUCUUAGGCCCGAGUCUCGGACCGCUCGCCGGUGCCUAUAUUCUGCACAAUCGCCAAGGUGACUGGCGGUGGACACAGUACCUACUUCUCAUCCUGGGAGCGCCGAUUUUCCUGGGCACUCUUGUAAUGCGCGAAACUAUGAAGGAGCAGAUUUUACGAAAGUCUGACAGGGCUGUGGCAGUCAAUGAAAGGGGGAGUCAGACAACGACUUUCACUCAGAUUAUGCGCUACUCUAUAGUUCGACCCGUUCAGAUGCUGUACAACGAGGCCAUUGUUUUGUCGCUAACUAUUUACACGGCAUUUGCGUAUGCGGUAACCUUCAGCUAUUUCGGCAGUGCGACGUACGUGUUGCAGCUGGAGUAUGGACUUGAUCUCCGAGAAGCUGGGCUGGGCUUCAUCAGCGUUGUCAUCGGAUAUUUGAUGGCCAUCGUGACUUUCAUUAUGUUUGACAGGACCCUGUACGCCAAGGCCAUCCAAGCUGCAAACGGUAACCCUGCGCCUGAACAUCGAUUGUAUACCGGGAUGGUGGGAAGUGUUCUUCUUCCUGUUGGGCUUUUUUGGAAUGCGUGGGAAGCCCAUCGUGGAGGCCAUUGGGCUACCCUAGUCGCUGCUGGGAUUCCCUUUGGAUGGGGCGCAUUCUCCCUGUUCUUAUCCACAAUUAUAUACAUGGCCCAAGACUAUCGCGCGGAAGCUGUUGCCUCAGCCCUCGCAGCCAAUGGAACAUUGCGAUACACCCUCGGAGCUGUUUUUCCACUCUUUACCAUUCAAAUGUAUCAAAAUCUGGGGAUUAAUUGGGCAGGAAGUGUUUGGGCAUUUAUUUCGGUUUUACUUCUCCCUAUUCCUUGGCUCCUAUUCAAGUACGGAGACCGGUUGCGCGAAAAUAGUCAAUUUGCCCAAGCAAAGAACUAA